GCUCCUAUGGCCUGGAGAGCUCGCUUCUUUGAGUACCGAGCCUACAGACCUUUGAUCAAGGAGUACUUCAGAAACGGUGCUAAAUGGACCACUGCUCCCAAACCCACUAUGGCUGAUGAGCUGUAUGAUCAGGACUAUCCCAUCCGCACAGUGGAGGACAGACACAAGCUGGCUGCUGAGGGGAAGUUCGUGACCACAGAGCACGAGCCCUGCUUUGAUGCUGCGGACUUCAUCCGAGCUGGGAGGGACCUUUUUGUCCAGAGGAGUCAGGUUACAAAUUACAUGGGUAUUGAGUGGAUGCGCCGCCAUUUGGCUCCGGACUACAAGAUCCACAUCAUUUCAUUCAAGGAUCCAAACCCCAUGCACAUUGAUGGCACUUUCAACAUCAUCGGGCCAGGACUGGUGCUGUCAAACCCUGAUCGUCCAUGUCGCCAGAUUGAAAUGUUCCAGAAGGCCGGCUGGACUAUUGUGAAACCUCCGACACCUCUGAUUCCUGAUGACCACCCACUGUGGAUGUCCUCCAAAUGGCUGUCCAUGAACGUCCUGAUGUUGGAUGAGAAGCGUGUUAUGGUUGACAUUAAUGAAAGCAGCAUUCAGAAAAUGUUUGAGAGCCUCGGUAUCAAGACCAUAAAGGUGAAUAUUCGCCAUGCUAACUCCCUGGGUGGUGGCUUUCACUGCUGGACAACCGAUGUCCGCCGCCGCGGUACCCUGCAGUCCUACUUCCACUAGCCUUGCCAGAAACAGGCAGUUUUUAUUGAGC